AUGGGGCUUGGCUUCCUUACUUCCAGCGGGCUUCAUUUCUGUCUUUGCCUUCUUGCCGCCGGUAUCACCAAUUUCCUAGUGCAGAUACUCACAUUGAACGACGCGGUGGACCCCUCAGCACGGUUGUUUGAUCAGGCAUUGCUGCUGAUCAACCAUAACAAAGUCGGUUCUCGAGAUGGUAUCACUCCUUACCGCGACCAAAACAUGGAGAUGGACGGCGUCCUCUCAUCAGAGAUACGAGUGAAGCAUCUACUCACGUUUGGACACGAGGCACCGCCCCAGACGACUUAUCGCUCAGUGACUCCCGCCGUCUUUGAGCUAGAGCCACCGCCGUCCGAUCCCGAGCUUGGUCGCGCGUCCACCGCUAUCUGGGACGGACGAGACCAAGACGACCUACGUGCGGAAUCCGUUGACUAUGCCCACAUCAUGUACGGUCCUGGGACCAGCGAGUCCGACAUUGAUGACGGCGGCCCGGCAUCUCCUUCUACGUCCCCUCCUGGACCGUCGUCACUAGGCAACAACUUCGUCAUGGAGGAUGAGCCAACCGCUGGACUCUCCGCUCUCAGCAAGCUGGCUAAUGCAGCGGAAGAUACGACCUCAGACGACUCGUCAUUAAGCAGGAGUGUGGGGCAUAUCAGAUCUCCGGUACUUGCACGUCGCUCACACCAUCCUGACGAUAGGGAACCGACUCCUCUAGAGACGUUUUCUAGGACGAUCCGGAACUACGUACCAUCCUCGAUCCCCAUUCCCUCUGCCGCGCCGUCCCCACCACGCGUCUCGCGCCCAGUGUCAUUCGGUAGCUUCCUCAGUCCUUCGACCCACGCUGCUUCGCCUUCCGCGACCCGCGAGCGCCAGCGAGAUCACGAUUGGAAGCGUCGCGGCAGCGAUGCUUCCUCUGCCGCAGACCUGCGUAGACAAUGGCCCGGCCAACGUAGAUCCGAACCCGGAGGAGAGAUGCCCGUAUUCAGUCUGGACGACGACAUUUCCGAAGACGGCCCGCGCGAGGAUGGCAGACAGGUCACACGCUAUCCUGGCGUCGGCGAUACGGAGGAAGUGCUCUGGGCGGGGUGGGACACGCUCGCGGAUGUCUCGGAUGAGGGCAGUGAGCAAGCGAGGACGAGGUCCGUUCUCAUGCUCGGCUACCCGAGUGGGUUGCAACUGUGGGAUUGCUCGAACCUGGGAUCGGUUUCCGAGCUUCUCAACCUGACGGGUGCGCAAUGGGGCGCUGUGGAAUUUGCGGGGGUCCUGCCAGACCCCCCGCAGGUGGAGGAGGAAUUUCGCCCAAAGAGGCCGCUGAUUGGUUUCUCGUCUCGUACUCCCCAAGGAACAGAUUUCCUUGUAUAUUCUUUACGAACGCACGAAGUCGUCAAGAGACUAUCACUAAUUGGAUUCACGUCGUUUGCUGCAUCUAGUCAAUUUAUCAUCCUCUGUACAUCAAACCCACCAAGUCUUCACAUUAUCUCCAGCUGUACAUUUGCGUCAUUGUACAUUAUCCCUUCAGCAUCACUUGUUCCUUUCACGUUCCCGCCAGCACAAUCGACAUCAUCACCAACGAAGCCAACAUUCAAUGAUGUACCCUCUCUAGAUUUAGACCAACACUACCCAUCUUUACGUGCCUCACCGCUGCCACGACCGAUAUACGCCCUUUCUAAUCGCCUCCUGGCAUACGUCUCUCCGCCUUCCCGUCAAGAUGCCGCACCCGCGGCCACCCCGGGUCAGGCGCAUACUAGUGUUCCUAUCACGGCCUCCGAGGCCCCGCUCAAGUUUGGCUUAGGUAUGUCUCAGGCAGACCUUGGGAAUGCCGCCGUCAAGAUCGGUGGUAGCGUCCUUAGCGGGAUGAAGACCCUCGGCGGCAUCGCGUUUUCCGCUGCGCGUGCCGGCGUCAGCGCUGCAGUCUCGGGUGAGCAGACCUCUAUCCACUCGCGGAACAUAUCCGCCUCGGGAGGGUCAGCCACAAACGCUCUGGGCAUGUUCUUCUCGAAGAGUGCUCCAGCCGCCACUGCCUCGCCGCAUGAGUACCAGACGGCCGCGGAUCGUCGACGGCGUAGCCUCCGCGUGUCCUCGCCCAUCGAGGGUAGUUUUGAUCCGCAGGCGACUGUCACCCCUCGCUCAUUCCCUCCGCCAACUUCCCCGACCGCGCCUACGUCGGGGUGCAACGUCAUCGUGGUCGACCUCUACCCGUUACAAGUGUCGUCUUCAGCUCAGCCUGAGCCGGUCGCCCAAUUUACGUUCGCGCGGCCGCAGGCUCUCAGCGGCCUCAAGUUCUCUCCGGAAGGCACCAGCUUGGCGCUCUGUUCGAAGGACGGACAUGCCGUUCGAACCUUUCGACUACGUCCGACACCUCGCCUUUCGCGGCGGCCACCACCGGAUGCCCCUUCGCAGGACUCUCGGUCGAGGAGUGGCAAGGAGCACGCAACAGCGCCCAAGGUCCGCCAAACGUCGUCAUCAAUGACCCCAGAGCAUCUAUUGGAGUCGAUGCAGCAUGUUUACACACUCCGACGAGGACGCACGUCCGCUGUCGUCGAGUCCUUGGAGUGGGCGCAUGACAAGAUGUGGUUCGGGAUGAGUUCACGCAAGCGGACCAUCCAUGUCUUUGCGACGAACCCGCUUGGUGGCAAGCCGGACGGAAGCAGCCAUCUUAUAGGUAGGGUUGUCAACAGCCGAGAGCUGAACACCUCGUCGACUGAACUGUCGCCACUCGUGCGCGUGAGGCUCAAGUCGCAGCCUUCAGAGUCGGCUAGUAUUCCUUGCACGUUUACGUUCUUACGAUCCUCCGAGGCGAUCCUUCCUCUGUCGCUUCUCCCACCAGCAACGGUGCACUUUUCUGCGUCAUCAUCCCCUUCGUCCGUGUCCAGCGGGCUCUCAAGGCAUCCUGUCUCUCCGGCACAGCGCCCAACUCGCCCUACUAACUACAAGGACCUGCUCGUAUUUGACCCAAAUGAUGGUACACUUGCUCUACAUCGUAUCUUCGUAGAGCGUGCAGCGGUGGACCAGGCCGUCGUUCCUGGUUCCAUUCCGGUUGUCGGGGGCACCAGCAUUUCGCUUCCCGGCAUGAGUACCUUCGCUCGUCACAUGGGCUCUUCGCCUCCGGCUGGCUUGAGCACGAGCCCCCGCACUACAUCAGGCUCAGGCUUGGCCCAGAUGAUGGAUAAACCCACUGGGCUCGUAGGUCGGGAGAAUCUAGUCAGCACCUGGUCCCUCGCACGGGGUCGGUCAUGGCCUGAGGUCAAGCAGAGCCUAAGGCAAGUGCGACCCGGCGCCGGACGAUUCGGUAGUACUGCUAAAUCUGACUGGUUAUCCCGCGCGGAAUUAUCGACAUUCUCGCUAUCGCCCAAGGUCUCACCUAGGCUUAUCUAUCUUUCGCAUCAAUUCUCAUUCUACGCAUUGGGCGAGGACUACCACGCCCUCAUCCGGAGUUAUCACUUUGACAUACCUUCUAGCAAAAUCGAAGUGCGGAAACCAAUUGAGGUCAACGCGUUCGCUUCUGAGGAGACUGAGGCGUUCGUACAAGACCUCUCUCCUCACCACGACAUCAGCAUGGGCCGCGUACCCUCAUCGUUCGACGGGCCGCUAGCGUCUGCGCUCUCUGCACAACUGCACCCACCCAACCCCUCCCCACCGGUUCUCCCCAUGCUCCCUAACGGCACAUCCGGUUCUGGAGCCAAGUCGCUCAUCAAUGCGAUCCCCAUCCGACAGGUAGCGGUAGGCAUUCAAGAUGGAAUGACUGAAGGUAUUGGUCGGAUUCGUCGUGAAUUUGGCAAGGCGCGCUCUCCGCGGCUGGCCGCGCGUCCUGACGCUGCUCUGUCGUCCUCCGUUCCCCUCGAGUUUGACGAAGAGGACGAAGAUUUCCUCGUCAAGGACGUUUUUGGACCUUCUCUGGAAGGCGAGACCGAGGCAGAUGUCAUCUCGCGCUCAGCGUCUGCAUCCACUGGUGUCGGAGCCGUCGGUGGGGACUCGGCUGCUAGCAUCUCCACACCAUCGACCAACAUCGAUCCCUUGCCUAUCGAAGAAGAUGAAGGCCAACAGCCGUGGCAAGGCUGGGGGCCAGAAGACAAGCAGGCCAUCGAUGACGCUGAACGUUUCGACGACAUCACAGUAGGGUUUUUGGAUGAAGAGCACGAAACGAUGCGCGAGCGGGAGACGGCAGUGAAGAAGGGCUUGGGAAAGAAACGACGAGGACGGAGGGCAUGAGCCUGGUUAGCGCGUUAUGUGCGCGGUGUUGUGCAUGCGCUGGUUCAGCCACAACGCGACGCGUUGGCGUGUAGCCCUCGGUACGGAUGCGGCACUUUUGUUUUGAAUGCGGCCUCUGGCCGAGGACAGUUGUCUGUAGCUCCCCGGGACUUGCGUGGUUUGUAGGAUAUAUGUUCAGAAGCGAGAAGGCAAGAAGAAAUGAAGAAUGCACUAUAGUAAC